AUGGAGGCAGGGGCUGCAUCAGAAAUCUACGAGCGUGCCAAAGCAUGUGGUAUUCGCUACUUUACCUGUAUAGGAGACGAAGAUAGCACCACCAUCGCUCGAGUUAGACAAGUUGCUGGUAAGUUUGCAAACCAAAAUUUACUAUUCCACAAAUAGCUGGAAUCUUGAAAAGGGUAAAUACGACCUUUUUAAGACCGAUAUUCAAUCUCUUAUUAAAUUAUGACGUAGGAAAACAUGCUGAUUUCACCCAUGUAAAACGAGGAUUUGGAGGUGACCUGUACAAAGCUUGAUCGCAGAUCCCAGCGGGAAGCAAAACCCUACUUUCAGAUGCUGUUAUAUCAUACCUUGAGAAGUGCUUUGUCUAUGCCCUUUAUCAAAACAAAGACAAGGAAAAAGGACUGAAACAAUCUCUCGAGGCCAUAGUCCCCCACGCCUUUGGCGACCACGCAAAGUGCAGUUUGGAAUGGUGUGGAAAGUUAAAAAAUCCCUCGGGAUAUAAACACGUCGGCCUACCAGAUGGUAAAGAUUUACAAGGCGCCGCCCUCAAGAGGUGUCUUACUGAUGUAAUUCAAAAAUAUGCAACGGCAGACAUGCUGAAAAAGAUGGCACCACUUUCAUCUUCUCAAAAAAAUGAAACAGCAAACAGCGUAAUCGGGACAAAGUCUCUGAAGAUCAGAUACUACGGGGGGAGCGAAAGAAACGACUACAGAAUUGCAGCAGGUGUUGCACAAGUGAAUGAAGGUAAAAAUUGUUGGCGUAAAUUUACUAAUCAAUGUCAAUGGUAAAUGGAAUGCGGUAAAACUGGGGGAAAGUUUGCGUAUCAUUUCUAGCGUUUCAUGUUGUUGUUAUGCAAAACAUGGAUAUCGAGAGCGGUGAAGUCUGCAGGCAAUACGUAGAACGUAUGUCCGCUAAGCAAUCUCAGGACAAAGAAAGAAAAUCAUCGAAGCAGUUCAAACACCAAAGAAAAAAGCUACAUCGGGCUUGUAGAGCGAAAGGGAAAGAAGGUGAGAAGAGGGAGGGAAUAACGUAUUGCUCAGGCAUCACAACAGAGCUGAGUACCCUGCAAGACGAAAUUUGCGAAACUAUCCUAAACAUCAACAUGGGUGACGUAGAAAAGUCCCAAAAACACGCUGAGCUACCAGCAAACAGAGUACCACCGCCACCAGCAGAUAAACCACCCAGAGAUUCCGCCAUCAUCUAUUUUGAUGUGGAGACAGCAAGUCGAACCAAAAAGUGCGAGAUUUUGCAGUUAGCGGCAGUCUCUAAGCAUUCUUCGUUCUCAUCUUAUAUCACUCCAACUUUUGAUAUUGCUACAUCUGCAACAGCAGUUCACGGCUUACGUGUCGCAUAUAAUAAUGAGGGAAAAAGGUGCUUGUCAAAGAAGGGGGUACUUCUGGAAACGUGCCCCAAAGAGGAAGCAUUUAAUAACUUCCUCUCAUUCUUGGAAUCAAUGAAGCACCCCUGUAUCCUCAUCGGACACAACGCCACAGUUUUUGAUACGCCAAGGCUGCUGUAUCAAAUCUCAUUGUGUGCAAGGGAAUUGGGAAGGGGACUCAAAAUGCCCAUAUUUUUGCAGACAGUUUGCCCUCUUUAAAAAAGGAAACGUGGCUUCAUAAAUCGAAGACACUUGGUUCCAUCUACCAACACGUAACAGGGAACUCAUUUAAUGCACAUGAUGCGCUUGAAGACUCGACAGCAUUGCAACAGAUUAUGGAUGACGAGCGACUAAAUUCCUGCCCCUCUGCAAUUGUCGAUAAUGCU